AUGGCCACGUUCAUUGGGCCCCCACUAACAUUUUCUUGUCAGUCCCUAGACAAAGGGCGCGUCGGUCUCUCCCGGCCCGCUGAGGUGGACCUGGCUGUUGCCGUGUUCGCCUUGGUGACUCACAGUCGUUUCCCUUUUGUAUACGGCCGCCGCCAGGGGGCGCCGCGCGCGCGGACUUGUUGGCCCCCAAGGCGCCGCCCAGCCCCACGGCGCCGCGGAGCAGACACGCCCCCUGCCCUCGUCGGCCGCCGUAGGCCGGGCCGGGGCCGGGCUGGAGAGCCGGAAACGGAAGAAUUCGCGGAGUUUCGCUGUAGCCGCGAGGAAGUCGCGGUUGGUCGGGAGAAGGUCGGAGAGGACCCGCGGGCGUCCGCGGGAGAGCUGGCGGUCCGGACGGCGGGCUGCAGUCGGGUGCCUUUGCCGCCGGCGCGGGCCGGGCCGUUAAAGCUGGUCGUCGAGUUCGGCGACCGGAGUCCCGGCGUCCGAGUCCGGGGUCUCUGCGGGGCCCUGCCGGCGGGGCUCGGUCAUCCAGAACUCCAGGGGACGUGGUGUCUGCCUAAAAGGGCGGCGUUUGGAGCCGACGCGGGGCUCGGUGACGAAGCCCGGGGAUGGCCGCGGGAAGGAGUCGGGCUCGGUUUCAGGGUUGACGAGGGAGAAAUCAAGAAAGCUGAUGAUCAUCUGCAGCGGCACUUGGAAAACCAAAAAAUGCUGAAGAGGAUGGAACAAUGCUAUGAACAUAGAAGCACUUUAAAGUCUUAUUUAGGUUUAAGCAACCAGAGCAGAAGAUACAACAUGAAAGAGCCUGCUGAGUUUAAUGGAGACCAGAGAGCCAUUUUCCAUGACAAUCAUGAAUGCACUUAUACUAAAAUUGAAUUCCGUGACAGUAGAAAACCCAUCAGCACUAAGUCACAAUUCCUUAAACAUCAGCAAACACACAAUGUAGAGAAAGCCCAUGAAUGUACUGAAUGUGGGAAAGCUUUCCUCAAGAAGUCUCAGCUCACUGGACAUAAGAUGACACACACAGGAAGUAAGUCUCAUCAAUGCAGUGAAUGUGGGAAAGAAUUCUCCAGAAAAUCACAGCUUAUUGUACAUCUGAAGACUCAUACAGGAGAGAAAUCCUAUAUAUGCAGUGAAUGCGGAAAAGCCUUCAUUCAGAAGGGCAAUCUUAUUAUACACCAACAAACUCACACUGGAGAGAAACCCUAUGGAUGCACUGAAUGUGGUAAGGCCUUCAGCCAGAAGGCCAGCCUCGUAGCACAUCAGAGACGCCAUACAGGAAGGACUCCCUUUGUAUGUACUGAAUGUGGACAGCCCUGUUCACAGAAGUCAGGACUCAUUAGCCAUCAAAGAAUUCACUCAGGAGAGAAACCCUAUAAAUGCAGUGAAUGCGGAAAAGCCUUCAUUCAGAAGGGCAAUCUUAUACACCAACGGACUCACUGGAGAGAACCCUAUGGAUGCACUAAAUGUGGUAAGGCCUUCAACCAGAAGGCCAGCCUCGUAGCACAUCAGAGACGCCAUACAGGAAGGACUCCCUUUGUAUGUACUGAAUGUGCGCCCUGUUCACGGAAGUCAGGACUCAUUAGCCAUCAAAGAAUUCACUCAGGAGAGAAACCGUAUAAAUGCAGUGACUGUGGGAAAGCUUUCUUUACAAAGACAGUGCUCACUAUACAUUAUAGAACUCACACAGGAGAGAGGCCCUAUGGAUGUGAUGAGUGUGAAAAAGCUUAUGGUUGCAUGUCUUACCUUGUUAAACAUAAAAGAAUACACACAAGGGAGAAAUGUGGAGAUUCAGUGAAAGUAGACAGUCCUUUCACAAUGAGUCGUAGCUUGUUAGGUACUAGUAAACUCAUGCAGCGGGAAAGCCCUGCUAAUAUGGUGGUUGUGCAGAUACCUUCUGUGGCCCCUCAGACCUCAUUAAACAUCAGUGGGCUCCUAGAAAAUAGGAACAUACUCCUAUUAGGACAGCCAGUUGCCAGAUGUGCAUUCUCAGGAGAUAAUCAAGGAUUUGCACAGGAGAGAAACCUUACAAAUGCAGUGAAUAUGGUCGUGCCGCCAGUAGUCAAUUAUAUCUUUUAUGUCACAAACACAUAGGAAAAAACUACAUUCAAGAUGGAAAAGACAUUAGCAAAAACGUCUAGCUGAUUAUUUGCUUUGGUGUGAACUUUGAAAUUCUGUGAAUGAAGAAACUAGAAAAGCCUUUUUAUGGUAGAUGGACCUGUCAUCAGUGGGCACCAUGGGCUAAUAGCUCAUAGCAGGUAGAAAUAUAAUGGAUGAGAAAGCCCUUGCCCUCAAGAGGCAUUGGUACAUAGUAGAGAGAAAAUUCUGGAAGGCAGUGAAUGUGGCAGGGUUUUCAGUGGCAUAUGCUGCCUCUGAAAUUCAUUAACAGGUGAAAUUAUAUAGAAAUAAAAUACUGAACACACUGUGAAA